AUGUCGAUCGCCUCAAGUCUCUACGGUAUCACUGGUACCAUCUACUCCAACCUCUUCAUCAGCCUCCCAUACCCCGAAACAAAGGAUGACUUGUCAGACAAAAUCAUGAUCGUCACUGGGUCCAACACUGGUCUUGGCUUUGAGGCUAGCCAACAUCUUCUCCGCCUUGGAGUUGGUAAACUCAUCAUGGCCGUUCGUAGCCUUGACAAGGGCGAAGCAGCACGAAAGGAGCUGCUCCAGUUGACGAAGAGAGCUCCAGAGUCAGUCGAAGUUUGGCAUCUUGAUAUGGCGAGCUACGAAUCUGUCAAGUCUUUUUCGGCUCGGGCUAUGGCUGAGUUGCCUACCAUUGAUGUUGUACUAGCCAAUGCUGGCCUUGCAACUUCUUUCAAGUUCUCAACGGCUGAGGAUAACGAGAGAACAAUUACAGUCAACGUCAUCUCAACUUUUCUCCUCUUCUUUCUUCUUCUACCCAAACUUCAGCAGUCUUCGUACCCCGGCAAAUUCGUCAUUCCCAACUCAGCUACACACUACUGGGCUCCCAUCAAAGAGCUAAAACCCGAUGAGAAGGCGGGAAAGAUCUUCUCGAGACUCAACGACCCCGAAAACUCCAUCAUGGAAUCUCGAUACUACGUCAGCAAGCUUAUAGUGCUUUACAUCACUCGCGAGAUCGCAUCUCGUCUCAAGACCACAGAGCAGUCCAAUGUGAUCAUUAACGCGCCAAAUCCAAGCUACUGCAAAUCAGGUCUUAUGCGAGAGAAGCAAGAUGUCGCACCGCCUGACUUUCUGGCUCGCUCAACGGAAAUGGGAAGUCGCGCGCUUGUCACUGGAGUCUUGGCUGGUCAGGAAAGCAAUGGGCAGUAUAUGAAUAAUUGUCAGGUUCGCGAUCCUGCUUGUCAUGUCACGAACAAGACUGGAGCAAAGAUCCAGGCUGCGCUGUAUGAGGAGUUGUUAGAGAAGCUGGAGAACAUCGCUCCAGGAGUUGCGAAGAACAUUUAG